GGGCAGACGGCCGUCUGGUGUAGGUGGACGGUCGUCUGGCCCCAACGGCUACACCAUGGACGACCAUCUGGCUGAGGUGGAUGGCCGUCUGCCCGCAAUUGCUGCCCAUGGACGACCAUCUGCUCUGAACAAACGGCCAUUUGGUCCCAACGGUCACUGGCGGACGUUCAUCUGGCUUAAGCGGACAGUCGUCCGCUACACCCCCCUCCUUUUUUCAGAGAGAAAAUAG